AUGGACGUGUGUCGGCGGCGGUUUCUCACAUUCAAUGUGUGUGGAAUCAAUAAUCUGAAGAAAGUCGAGCCGUGGAAGUCAUUGGGUGAUCUCCGAUCGAUGUUUGAUUUUCUCGAGGCCGAUGUAAUCUGCUUUCAGGAGACUAAACUCCAAAGCAAAGAUCUCAGCAAAGACCAUGCAAUUGUCCUGGGGUUUCAUAGCUACUUUUCGUUUUCUCGCGAAAGAAAAGGGUACUCUGGUGUGGUGAUCUAUGUCCGCGAUAAUAUAUCCGUUGUCCAAGCCGAAGAAGGGUUAACGGGAUGGCUGGGCUGUGGUUUAGGGACUUACAAAGACUUGGUGCCAUCAAUUGGAGGGUACCCUACUGUCACACGCGCGAAAGGAGUUGAAAUUGAUAGUGAAGGGCGCGUGGUUGUAUUGGAUCUCGUUGACCUCGUCAUUAUAGGCGCCUACUGUCCAGCCAAUGCCUCUGGGAACCGUACAGAGUACCGUGACGAGUUUUUUGAGCUGCUAGAUCAAAGAAUACGGAACUUGAUGUCAAUGGGCCGCAAUAUACUGUUGUUUGGAGAUAUUAAUGUCACGCGCGACUUGAUUGACUCGGCAGAACUCAUUGUAAAGUCAAAGGGCCCGCAUGCCACAGAGGUGAUGGAGCCAUGGACCAAUUCUCUUCCUCGGAAAAUCAUAAAUGAGCUGAUUGACUCCGGACUGGUUGAUACUACAAGAGAGCGGUACAAGGAUCAACGAGGAAUCUAUACGCACUGGAAUCAGAUGCUCAAUUCCCGUCCGUCGAACUUUGGAAACCGCCUCGAUUAUAUACUGGUUUCCUCUUCCAUUGAGUGUGUUGAUGCGGAUAUUAUUCCUGAACUACUUGGAUCUGAUCACUGCCCAGUAUAUGCGGAUUUAGUGCUUUCGAACAGAAAAGUCUGGGAGAUCCCGGCCUUGGCGGACAAAACUUUGCGCAGGUUCAAAACCGCCGACCUCAAUGCCCAUUUCAAGAGUUUGAGCGACACUCCACCGGCUCGCACACCAGAAACCGCACCGCUGGUGCAAGAGCCUGCUAAAUCCCCCAAAAAGCGCGUGGCACAGCACACAAUAACUGCACUGUUUGGGCAUCCUCCCCCUAAAGCCAAACGAGACGACAGAAAUGCCAAAGUUGUAGUUAGGGAGGCGUCCAUCGAGAAAGUGCAGCCGGCAAGCCAAGACCAAUGGAAGUCGAUAUUCACACGCAAGGUGCCCAAGUGUCUUCAUAACCAGGACUGCAAGCUGCUGGUCUCCAAGAAACCUGGCCGAAACAAGGGCCGAGCAUUCUGGGUCUGUCAAAGGCCGUACGGAGAACCUGAUAAUCCAGAAGCCCGCUGUAACUUUUUCAAAUGGGCAAAUAAUUAG